AUUCCAACAGCAUCGGGCUUGUUGCGGUUAGAACGCAGAUAAUUUUACUUACGAUUUAAAUAUUGUAAGAAGAGAGUAUAUUCGAGCAAAUAAAUAAUUGUUGGGAUGUCUUCUACUACGCCUGAAUUAAAAACAAGCCAUAUCAACGUCCUCAAGCAUAAUGCAUUUUGUCUAGGUGGAAAAGCAUUGGACAUAACUUGCAUGUUAGUGCAAGUCAUUUUAUUUCUCUGCAAAUUGAUCUAUUAUUGGAUUGAAGUGUUUUAUAUGAAAAUAAAUCCUCCUCGUCCACAAUCAGUGAGUGGAGAAAUAAUUCUGAUUACAGGUGCAGGUCAUGGCAUUGGCAGAGAGCUGGCUCUGGUGUACUCCGCAAAAGGUGCAACUGUCGUUGGAUGGGACAUCAAUAAAACAGCAUGCGAUGAAACGAUUAGGCGAAUAGCAAGUUUCAGAGGUCGCCCUAAAGCAUUUUCUUUUCAAUGUGAUAUUACCAAUAGAGUAGAAGUUCUCCAUGUCGCCAAAGAAGUGGAAGCAAAAGUUGGUCAGGUUACAAUUUUAGUCAACAAUGCCGGUAUUAUGCCUUGCCACUUAUUGAACCAGCAUACAUGCAAAGAAAUCGAGUCCGUUUUCGCCGUUAAUUUAAUUUCGCACUUUUGGCUUUUGGAAGCGUUUCUACCGGGAAUGAAACAAACAAAUCGAGGGCACAUAGUGAGUCUGUCCUCGAUGGCGGGUCUAAUCGGAUGUGCAAAUUUAGUGCCGUACUGCGCUUCGAAAUUUGCGGUUCGUGGAUAUAUGGAAUCUUUAUCUGACGAGCUCAGAUUUACAAAUACGAAUAAUAAAAUUAAACUUACAUGCGUUUAUCCCUAUAUGGUCGAUACCGGUUUGUGCAAGAAACCCAGAAUUAAAUAUGAAAAAGUCAUGCCCUUGUUAUCGCCAAUGGAUGUUGCACAGGAAAUUUACAAUGCACAAACUAACGGAAAGAGAGAAAUUACUAUACCAGGAUAUUUGAAUGGGCUUGUACAAUUGGGGAGGUUAUUGCCAUACAGGGCUGCAAUCGCAUUAAAAGACACAUUUGAUACGUUCGUAGAGUCUGACCUAUAGGGAAGGUAUGAGGCGGUAGAAGAGGACAAACUACUUCAUGGUAUAAGCAAUAACAAAAUAACAUAUGUACUAUAAAAAUAAAUAUUUAAUCAAUA